AUGACGGCACCCAGAAGGCUUCUUUCCUCUGCAGUCUUUCUCCUGUUUUCACUUUCUGUUUUCUCCUUUUCCUCUCUCCCCUAUCCUGUCUCUUGUCAAAUUGCGGAGAUUUCGCAGCUCAUUUCGAGCGCUUUGAAUCCGCUGUCGCGUCUGCCUAUCGACUUCCUCGGCGGCGGGUCGUCGACCUUGUCUUCCGUGCGAAAUGAAGAGAGUGCCAGUGUGUCUUCUCAAAUAGCCGACAACGCUCUGUUGAGCUCCACGCUUCAGAAUGGCCAGAAAGUGCUACGAACAGUUGCGCAAACAGCAAGCGGUCUCAUCCCCAGCGUUAUCCAAGAAGGGAUUCUUCAGCCUACUGACGAUGGAAGAAGGCGGGCCAUCUCUCUCACUGCGUUCAACAUGUCUCCUUUGGACCAAGCCAUCAUCAGCGCUGUUGGCGAGGUGGGGUCUUUCCACUGGACGGCGAAGCAGCCUUCGUCAGUCACUGUCGAUGCAACUCCUACUCUAGAUUCGCGGAAUCUGAGGAAACUGAAUCUCGCGCUCGGUCUGCACGGUCUUCCGCCACUGCCCUUCGCGCCGCGAAAAAUCAAUGAGUCGUCAGAAGAAGAGGAACUCGCCGUCGACGUGUUGAUCGACCAAGUGAUUCAAGGACGCCCGCUGUCGAAAGACAUUCUCAAGCAAUACCGCGACACAGUCGACGCAUCUCUUUACAGGACCAUGCAGCUCCCACCUGUGGCUAUGCCAGGCGUCUGUGAAGGUCUUGCCGCUAGCCCCUGGCCAGCGCCACAUCGAACAGGUUUUGCUCAGGCAAGCUCGCCGUACAGAGGUCCCGACGGCUCCAAACGCCUGAGUCACAACUUCCUGAACCGGGCUGUUAUUGCGAAUAACCCAAUCACGCUCUUCUACUCAGAAGACCAAAAGUAUCUCUGGGGCAGCAGCUGGACGACAAUCUUCAAGGUGGCUCGCGGAAAGUCUUCUCUCCGCCUGGUCGACUACGUUGCCAAGCCUGUCGAGAAGGUCUUUGCCGACAAGUUCCACGGUGCCUAUGCCCUUUUGACAAAGGAAGAAGUUUUCGUUGUAUCUUCGGGCGACCACCUGGAGGCGUACUACGACAAGCCGGGAAGCAACUCGCAGCAGAUUAUGAUGCACCCUGAGAAAUUUGACAUCACCAACGAGCUCGCCAAUGAAGUUCGUUUCCCUCAAAGACCAGAGGAAGUCAUUCGAGCCCUCUGCAUGAGCAGCGAUGGACACAUCGUCUGGGCGACGAGUCACGGCCGCGUGGGUGUUCUGAACCGCAACAUAAAGGGCGGAAGUUUCCGAAAAGCGGCCGACUGGCUGAUGCUCGGGACCUCUGUGGGCUACGACAAAGACCUGGAGGUAUCGAACAAUAUGGCGUGCGACGAUGAAGGGGGCAUCUACGUGGUGUCGGACAAAUUCAUGCACCGCGUGGACUGGAACGGAAGAAAGCUGAAGAUCCGUUGGGAGAAGCCGUACGCGACGUCGACGGCCGGCGGAACGCAGGCAGUUCGGCUCGGCGCCGGCUCUGGCAGCACGCCGUCCAUUAUGGGCGAGAAAGGAAAGAAAUACGUCGUAAUCACCGACGACGCGGAUAUCAUGAACGUACUGAUCAUGGACGCGCAGACGGGUGAAAUCAAAGCAGCGCAUCCGAUCAACUUUGGAAACUCCAGUGCGAAACAUACGAGCAGCGAGCAGUCCGUCCUGGUCCACGGCUGGCGAUUGGCCGUGGUGAAUAACACACCGACUGAGGAGUUGAAGCAGACGCCGAAUUUCCUCAAGAUGUUUGGCAGCCCCGCAGCUCUCCUGCUCGGCGGAGGCGAAGUGCCGACCCGCAUCAGCGAGACGCUCACCAAUGCCUGGCCGGUCAUUGUCGGGGAUGCUCCCAAGGGCGUCGAGCAGCUCGAGUUCAACCCCGACGACAACACUCUGCGCGUGACGUGGGUGAACACGGAGGUGUCGAUUCCCAACGGAAUUCCGACAAUGAGUGCGACUUCUGGACUGAUGUACGGCAUCGGAAAGAGAGGCCAUUUCGGCAGUGAGGCAGCCCCCAUGAGAGGCAUGUGGACCCUGGAGGCGCUCGACUGGUGGACCGGAGAAUCCAAGUUCUACUACAACAUAGGCAUGGGGCCCAUGGUCAACUCCAUCUACGCCGCCACGCAAGUCGGGCCCGGAGAAAUCAUCACUGGAACUGCCACAGGAAUCGUCCGGAUUAUGGAGGUGUAG